CUCAGUCACUCACCCGCGGUUUGUUCUCACAGCGCCUUCGAGCUAUGCUAUCCCAUAUCAUUCUCCCAAGAUGCUAAAGUCCAGGCAUCAAUUCAGACUUCACCAAAUAAGCAAGAGACGCUUAAACUGAAUAGCGUUGACCCAGAAGACGGGCUCUGAGCCACCUUAAAGGAUUUGUAUCGCCUGUAGAAAAGGCGCAGGGACAGGAGGAGGUUUGUAACUUUAACACCAGCAGGUCCAUUGACUCACAUUGCGCUGGUUUAUUUCGCUGGACCCCCUGUGGGAAUGGGCUGCGGUCUCUGAGCUCUCAGAGUAUACCCGGACUACAAUUCUACAGUACACCCGCAGUCUGCAAUCUCGCAAUACAUCCAGAGUCUGCAAUCUCGCAAUACAUCUAGAGUCUGCAAUCUCGCAAUACAUCCAGAGUCUGCGAUCUCACAGUACACCGGGAGUCUGGGAUCUGUCAGUACACCUGGAGUCUGCAAUCUCGCAGUACACCUGGAGUCUGGGAUCUGUCAGUACACUGGGAGUCUGGGAUCUGUCAGUACACACACCAGGAGCCAGCACUGUUUGGAUUCGGAUUGAACUGGCAUUUGGUAGCAGCGGAUGUCUCUCGGACCCUCGCCAGUGCCACCGGGCUGUUAGAUGCCAGGAUAAAGGCAGGCACUGACCCAGCUCCCAGCUUCAGAGCUGUGCCCACGUGGAAGGUGGAAGACAGAGCCUGGAGACCGAGCCGCAACUUGGCGAACAGGAGGGGAGACGGAGAGAGGACGGGGGUCCUGUGGCCGGGAGGGGAUGAGGCGCUCGGUGCCGCCCAGAAGGGGAUCCGCCUGAAGGUGCCGAGCGAUUCGAAUCCGGAUCGAGUCCCGGAGCGGCAGCAAUGAGCGUGCGGCUGUUGCGCUACCUGUUGCUGGAUUUGCUGGGCUUCUGGUGCCCGGUGCUGGACCGUAUGGCCCAGGCUAAAGCCGGCCGGCAGCUCGGCCCGCUCCUGCUGGGCUCUAGCUCCAACAGCUCGGGCGCCCUGGAGCUGCCGGCCACCCCAGACCGCUGCCGGGGCUACUUCGAUGUGAUGGGUCAGUUUGACGCAGCGUUCAAUUGCAACACCAGUAUUUACCAGUACUGCUGCGGGACAUGCGGUUAUAGGUAUUGCUGCCAGUUUAAAGAGUCCCGCCUGGACCAGAGCAUUUGCUCCAACUACGACACCCCGAACUGGGCGAACGUGGGUAAACCGCCGCAGAGACCGGACGACACUGCGUUUGACCAGACCCGAGAUAAAACCAACUUGAUCGUCUACUUCAUCUGUGGCGUGGUCGCCAUCAUGGUACUGGUGGGGAUCUUCACCAAACUGGGCUUGGAGAAAUCACAGAGGCCCCAGAGGGAGCUAAACUCCAGGGCUCUGACUGAUGUUCUGAAACAACAGGGUCAGUCUACCAGCAAUCAUGUUGAAAGAGAUGGGAAGGUAGCAAUUCAUGUGCAACAUGAAAGCAUGCAGCCAACAAGCUCCAGGAGCACCUUUGACCAGACGCAGAUGAAUAACACAGGACCGACCUACCCUCUGAUCUCGCAGAUGCCCCAACCUCAUUCCUACCCCACUCUGGGCCAAGGCUCGCAUUCCUUCGAGCAGCAAGUCCCAGGCAAAGAGUUGAAUAAGUAUGCCUCAUUAAAACUCGUGGCUGAAAAAGCGAAUGAUGAUUUCUUUGCGAAGCGCCAGCAUUUCGCGGAGCUGGCUUCGAAGGGGAGCUUGCCCUUGCAUCCCGUGCAGAUGCCAAUGCAGCACGAAGACCCAGCGCACGGCUCCAACACCUACAACCCCAAGCUCACGGGACAGAGGAACAAAAUGACCAAGAUGCACACACACCCACUGGUCUUCGAUGCUGAGUACAAGACCUGGGACCCAAGCGACACAACCAUCCGGAGACAAACCUAUGCCACCAAGAGGCCCUGCACAGUGGGUCCGCUGAUAGAGAAAACCAGUCCUCAGCCACAGCAUUACACAGCACCACAGCCGUACUUUGUAACCAACAGCAAAACAGAAGUGACUGUGUGAUGAUGAGCAUCCUUUCUGUUACCUGGAACAGAAAAGGAAGAGGAGGUUGUCAUUCCCAACAGCUACCUGACUGAGAACUGAACUACUUUGGGAUGAACUCAUGCCGUUGUUUAAUCCAAUUGGAUUGGACUAAAGUGGAUCUAAAGUCUGCAAAAUGAGCAAUACACAUCGAAGGUUUAAUAAUGAUGGGCUUUGUGUUCAUGUUUCAAAAAAAACCCACACACACAAAAAAAAAUCCAACAAAAAAACGUGACGGAAAUGAUCAACUGUGAAUUAAUUUGCUUUGGGUUUUUGGUUCUUGACGGUUAUCGAGACAAGGAAUCACUUGUGGGAAUGUUUAAAAGAAUGGGGAGCAUGUUUUAUUGUCAUUUUAUAACUUCCUCAACAAAUUUGGAAAAGGAAGGGUAUGGAUAAAACAGACCCCCAUCUUAACUGGUGAUCCUUCUGGUCAGCUUCAGGACCCUACACUGGCCUCAGUCCCUCUGGGAAGGCUGGGUAAUGUAAGUUGUGCCUUCAUUCUGGAUAACGAUGCUGUACGCAGGUAGUCCCAAACACUCUCCAUCUCUCUUCUAAAUCCCUGUUGAUUUUGCUUCCAGUGUUCUGCUGCAGGAAAGAGGCCAAAUUGACACCAACAGGACAGAUCAGCGGGUCCACUAGUCCCAUCCCAAUAUCUGGACGGUGGGCUUUCUCUGUCAGCGAAUUGAUGAUGACCUUUCUGUGACCCUCUCUCUCGGACCAAUGCUGAGGGCCAACGGUGGGAAAUGAAAAGGAGGAGGAUGGGGGUUUGGAAUAAACAUCCACCACAUUCCAUUUCACUUCCGAAGGGAAUCCAAAACCUUCUUUGACUCACACACCAUCAGCUUUUGUUACCGAGUAGAAAGGGAGCAAAAGUCCUCUUUUUAGUAUCGUGUAACAAGCAGCUAAUGGUAAAUGUCAGCGCUGGGAACAGUUUGUUUUCACUUUGUAUUGUAGGUUGGUUCAACUGGAUUUCUUACACCCAACUGCUUGCUGGAUAGUCCAUUUGACACAGCAAAUGGGGCCGAUGGCUGUACAAUGUCUACUUCAGAAACUAAUGAGUUACACUUAGUUAUUAUGAUACCUUAGCUUGAAAUCUUAAAUUCCAUUCUGUAAAAAGUAUAUACUUCAGUCUUUGUGAUCCAUGCAACCAGUCAGAUUCACUGAUUGGUCCAAGGGAUUGAUUUUUAGGCUCAAGGACUUUAAGAACAGUAGAAACCACUUUAAUUCAUUUCUCAAUAUUCUACUGUAUUAUACAGGAAACGUUUUUAGCAGGUCCUGUGACAGACUGUAGUGCUCCCCUUUUAAUGUCUCCCUGUAUUCCCGCUGCUUCAAAUGAAAAGUUAGGGCUACAGCACUUUGCAGAUUCAUGAUAGCUUCUCGCACUGAUGGGAAAUGUGGGAUUAGUGAUUUAAAUGUGGGAUUAGUGAUUGAUGACCCACUGUUUGAUGCCUGCAAAGUUACUCCAAAAACAAAUAAGCAGAAGGAAAGCAAAAAGUCAACAAAGUGAUUUUUUUUAAAACGCAGGGACUGAUUUCACAGAAUGACAGCAUUGUUACAGAGCAGAAGGAGACCAUUCAGCCCAUCAUACCUGCACUCGUUCUGUCCCCUGGAGCCAAUCAUCUGCCUUCUCCUUGCACCGUAUUUCCAUCCAACGAACCAUCUAAUGCCCCUCAUCACUGCCUCCAUUAAACCUGCCGUCUCUACAUUUCCAAGCAGUGUAUUCCAUACCCUAACCCCUCACUGGGUGAAAAUAUGUUUUUUUUCUCAUGUCACCCUUGCUUCGUUUGUGCAUCACUUUAAACCUAUGUUCCUCUCAUUCUUGUUUCAUUGAUGAGCUUCUCCCUAUCCACUGUAUUCCGAUCCGCUCAUGAUUUUAUUAGAUCUCUUCCCUGCCUUUUCCUCACCAGUGAGAACUUCCCCAGCUUCUUCAGUCUGACUUCGUAGGAUUUCAGGAACUAUUGAGGUGUGUGUUGGAGAAGGAAAUUACUCCUGCUAUCCCUCCCUC